UCUGGGUCCUCAAUUUCAAGCACCAACAAUGCUUACAUUGCUCUCCAAGCAUGGAAAUUAGCAAUCACAGAUGACCCAUUGGGGGUUUUGUCCACAUGGGUUGGCUCAAAUGUGUGUUCUUACAAAGGAGUCUUCUGUGCACACCUUCUUCUUUACCCAAUUAUUCGAUACAAAUCCCACUCGUCUAAACCAGUGCGCACGUUAAACCAGUGGAGUCGACUCCGACGGCUUCUACUCCUACUACGCCUACAGCUUCUCCUCCUACUUCAACUCCAGCACCACCGACAACUCCUGCUUCGACCACCAGCUACUCCGCCUCCGCCGAGUCCUCCACCAUCUCCUCCGCCUCCCGCACUGUCGCCUCCGCCAGCUAUUCCACCUGCUCUGGUUCUGGCGCCGGCUCCAAGCACGAAGCCGACAUCUCCGGCGCUGUCUCCUUCGCUAUUGAGUCCUCCGUCACCUCCCGCUAGCGCUUCGGCGCCGUCUCUCCCGACUACAUCGCCUACACCAUCUGCUUCCGAUCGCGUCGUGAGGCCAAUCUUGACCAAUCAACACUGUGAAACUAAUGUCAGAGGUGAAUGAAAAGGUUGUGUUUAACUUUGAUGUCCUGUUUACAGUCAGAUGUACAUCGCCAAUGAGGACUCUUGUCACAGAUUCACGGGCACAGUCCUAGACACAUUCAAAGACCUCUCAUCACUCACUGAGUCAGAUUUACGCAACAACCAAUUCUCACGUCCUUUCCCACAAUUUU